AUGCCAGAUUCACCAUUUAGUCUGGAAGAUAAAUGGUUAAAACAAAGUUUAUUCAGUAAUAAUCGAUUAGUUAUUCUAAUCACAGAGCCCAGUCUAAAAUUCAUAUCUUCAAUUGUGGGAACGGACAAAUUUCAUAUCUCUUCUGGCAUACAGACCGAAAUAAUUCCCCAAUCCUACUACAGUGAACAAUUUUUGAUGGAUUCUCAUCAAAUGAUGAGCAUUUCUUUUAUGCCAAACACACUUGGCGAUUUCGGAAGAAAAGUUUUCAUUAAGUCCCUGUUUCCAGCUAAUUCAAAAUUAGUACUUAGAGCUUUGAGCGGCUUGUUGUACAGACUGACUCGAAACGCGGACGGUUUACGUCUAACACUUAAUCAGAAUAUACUGAAUAUCGUUGACGUACAGUUAUUACAAAGACAACAUAUGCUAUUUGUCGAUAAGUCUGCGAUGAAGUAUCUGCAAAUUAUCGACUUUCAUGAAACAUAUAAAGUAAGCAAAGGGAUACUUCCUUCUGAGGCAAAUAUCAGCCCAACAUUAUUCAAAAUAAUAAACCAUUGCCUAACAAUCCAAGGUACCGCAGAACUACGGAAAUGGAUGGGUUCACCCAUAAGCAGCGAAGAGAUAAUAACACGAAGACUGGAUGCAGUGGAAUUUUUUCUGGGAGGGAAGGGAACCCAGUUACUUUCAGAAAUAAGAACGAUACUCAAGAGGGUUGGAAAUAUACAGAAAAUUAUCCUCAGAAUGCAAACAUCUUCAGCUAUACCAAGUGACUGGAGAAUAAUAAUACAUACUUUAGAUGCAAUGGAAGCUCUUAUUACAAUGUGUAAACCAUACUGUGAGGAAUUGUAUCCUGUCCAGGAAUUGUUUCUAGCGAAAUUCGACCCAGCAAUCAUAGGUAGCGUUAAAUCAUGGCUAAUUCAUGUGGUCGACACGGAGAAGACGGAAAAAGAACAAAGAUUUGUGGUUCGACGUGGAGUUGACACUACCUUGGACAAAUGGAAUGAAACAUAUGCUUGUCUUCCAGACUUGCUGUCACAGUUGGCAGAAGAUGAACUUGGUAAAUUACGAGAAAAUAUACGAACAUGUGGACUAAUUUACUUUCCUUUAGUGGGUUAUCUGUUGAAGAUUCCAAAAGUAGAAGUAGAAACUCCCGAUAUACAGUUGAGCGGGCUGGAAUUCGCUUUUACAGAUAACGAGAUGGCAUACUACCGAAACGAAACCACACGCAUUCUGGAUCAACGCUACGGUGAUGUGAUGUACGCCAUUGUUGACGCAGAAACCACGAUCAUGCAUCAUCUUCAGGAUCGCUUACUAAUUCACACGCAGAGUAUACUCCAGGCAUCCCAACUUGUUGCGGAGAUAGACUGUUUAUGCGCCUUCGCUAUGGCUGCCAAGCAUAUGGAAUGGACUCGACCGAAAAUAGUGGACGAGAACUGUAUACAUAUUCAUAAAGGAUGGUAUCCUAUACAGCAAACAGUAUCCACAAACAUAAUUAAAAACUCAUUUUACUCUGAUGGAUCUAAGCAUAAGAUAACAUUGCUGACUGGACCGAACGGAAGUGGAAAAAGCAUCUACAUGAAAACUAUCGCCUUAAUAACUUACUUAACACAUAUAGGAAGCUAUAUCCCAGCUGAAGGGGCAAAAAUUUGUACGUUUGAUGCGAUACACAUACUUACAGGUACAGCUCUACUGAAAGAGAUAACUGUUCGACCUAUAUGA